AGUAAAGUUUGUGCCUUCGAGCAGAAUACUAGCGAAAGCAAAGCCAGAGAAAAAGUUAAAAAGUAAAAGAAAGUGAAAUUUACCAAAGGUUCUAGUUAAGAACUCUAAAGACACUAACAGCAGAACAAGUGAAAAGUGAAUAAAAAGUUAUUUUUGAGUGCAUCCUAUAAGCGAGCAGCAAACCAACUCUAAGCAAGAUGCCACAUCAAUUCCCAAUUACACCACCUGCACAGAUGCCGUGCCCACACUGGAACCACUUCCCAAUACAUCCACAAGUGCAGCACCCAUUCGGCAGUUGUCAAGGCAACGUUAGCGGCUCACCGCCACCAUCACCGAGCUCCUACUCCUACUGCAGCGCCUGCAAUGCCAUGAAAAAGCGGACGGCAUGAGACGUGCCCACAGCAGCCUCGGUGCAAGCAAACAGCAACAACAAUGGCAAUAAUGCAAGUAACUGAUGAUGUUGCGAAAGCGUUCCGUUCCUGGCGACAGCGUCCAACAGCGAGACCGGAGUUGGCAGUAGACCUGAAAGCGCUGAUAUCUCGUUGUUGUCGGUUGAGAAUGCCUCCAGCGCCUGGAAAUGGAAGCAAAGACUGCGUGGGGCGCACACUGUCGCCAGGGAAUGGCUGCAGCGAAAAUUAAAAUGAAAUUGAAUUCUUACAAGUUAAAAAUUAUAAUAUUUGAUGAAAAGAACUGUCGCAAGGCGUUUAAUCCGAGUUAACUGGAGCGUUAACCGUUGCAGACAACACCCAAGCGACGCUCGAAAACCAGUUUUGGACUUGAAAUAUGAAUACGCAUUAUUGCCGUUGUUGUAUGGAACAUACUUAGUUGAUACAAACAAACACUAUACACACAUAUACAAGUGUCAUAUUGACGCCAACGCCAUAUACAUGAUACAUACAUACAUUUUAAGCGCGUAAAUAUAUUUACUUAGGUACUUAAAAGAUAUUUGAAGCAUUUCAAAAACAGACUUACAGCAUUUAUCAUAUAAGUGGGCAUGUGUUUACAUACAUAUGUGCUUAGUUUAAGUAAAUAUAUACAUUUGCUUACAUAUAUAUGUGCUUAGUUUAAGUGAAUAUAUACAUCGAAGAACCGGCGUGUUUCUAUUAAUGCGUCAAAGACUGUAAUUUCCAACAUAUUUAGUAUGCAUGUAUACAGUUAUAAUAUAGUAGAUAAGUUUGUAUCCAAAAAAAUCAAUUUUAAACAAUUUUGUUUACUU